CGCAUGAGGAUCAAACCCACAAACUGGGCAGAUCGGCAGAACUUCGAGCUCCAGACGGCAGUAUCUUGGCUAAAACUCAGGACACUUCUGAAUAUUUUCGGCUCAUCAACUCAAAGGCGCUGAUUUAAUAAAACAAUGGCAGAUGCACUGUAUUUGAUUUUGACUUUGACUUUAUUGAGAUCCACAUAUGGGGAAUUCGAAUCUACCAACGAGGCAGGUGCGAAAUGUACCUACCCUAUGCAGGCCUCCCGCCUGAGGCAGAAUGACCACGUGAUGCUGAAGGGCCGUCCUUGUAAGAUCGUGGAGAUCGGUUCAGUCGCAGAAGAAAAACAUGGCCAUUCCAAGGUUACCAUAGUUGGAGUUGACAUCUUCACUGGUCAGAAGUACGAGGAAGUGGUCCCCAGCACCCAUAUCUGUGACGCUCCACAUGUCUCUCGCAAGGUUUAUCCGGUGAUGGGUGUUUCAGAUGGCGUCCUGGAAACCAUGGACGACGAAGGACGUCUGAGACGAGACUGGAAGCUGCCAGAGGGCGAUCUUGGCAAAGAGAUACAAACUCGUGUUGAUCGAGGAGAUGUAAAUUUUUUGGUUACUGCUCUGUCCGCCUGUGGUGAGGAGAAGGUUGUUGGCACAAAAGAAUAUAAUUAUUAUUAAAAGCAGCUGCAGCUAGCGGUGACGACCGAAAUAGCAGAAAACCAGCCCGUAGACUUCGAGGGAGGGCCGUUUUUCCAUAGGGACCGCAGCAUAAUUGAGAUUGGUGUAGAUAGUAAAACUGUGCUAUCAUUUGCAAUGUGGCGGCUACUUUAAUAAUGUCCAAGUAUGUAAUAGUCUUCUUACUGACGCAACAUAUUUCUUUCUUUAUCGUAGUACUAGUGGUGGAUAAUUUGGUAAGAGGGAGUUUUACGUCGAUGAAGGUUAGACAUCCUAGUAAUAAGAUACGUCAAAAAACAGUUACUCAAGCAACUGGAUAUGGUUUUGGAAAUAGUCAGACGUCUCAGAUCUGAAACGUCCGGCUGUUUCCAAAACCAUAUCCAGUCGCUUGAGUAACUGUUUUUGACGUAUAAUACGGAGUUUUACUUAGUGAUUGGUAUAAUCAUCAAUCUGUGUCCGUUGUGAGACAAACUUGUCUAUUUACCUCUAAAAUGUACCACACAGAAAUACAAUAAAGCACAUGAAUCACA